AUGCCUCAGGCAGGGCUUGGCGCUUGGCGGGGUGACUUGAAGAGCUGCAACUUAAAUCCAGCCCGACUAAAUUCAAUCAAAUUCAAUGAGGUCCAAGGUCUGCUCUGCUACUGUCUCUAUCGUAUUCUUGAAAUCAGCAAAACCCUAGUAAUCUUCUUCUCAAAGGAGAGCCCGAAUAUCAGCCCGAGCAUGGCAAAAUUCUUCGCUGCUUUCCGGCCCUCAAUAAUCAGAGCAAAUCUCGCCAACUGCAUUAACGUCGGCCAGAAACUUUCAGUACGCUUUGCUUGGCUUCUCCAUGUCGCCGACCUUGUUGAUGAAGUCGGUAAAUCUAGUCAGGGAAUAUUCCUAUCCGUCGUCCUUGCAGUGAAAGCUGGUGAAUCUCAUCAAAUGGCUCGCCGGUGCGAACUUGGUUCCCGUCGAGUCGGACGGCUGAGCUCACGGCAGAGCAAGUGCUUCGGCGGCGAAUGUGGAAAGAGUAAUCAAUUGCAUAUUGGUUGGACUUGA